GAAAAGAAAAAAAAUGAAAAAUAGAUCUUAGCGUUAUUCUAUAUUGGUUUCGAGAUUCUGAUUCAUGAGUGGAACUGGGGUUUCCAUUGUAGUUCCCACUUUCACCGUUUGACGAACCCUUCCUUUUUACCGUUACAUUAUUCUCUUCUAUCCCGUGAAACCCAAAUUUCCUUGAAUCAAUAAUCUGUUGGGGAAAUUUUCUGGGCAGAUCUGCUUGCUGGGUUUGGGGGCAACACUUUUUUUCCGUUGAUCCAAACACAUAUAUCGAGUAGGAAAGAUGAAUAUAUUCAGAUUAGCAGGGGACAUGACCCAUCUCGCCAGUGUCCUCGUUUUGCUCCUCAAGAUCCACACCAUUAAAUCAUGUGCUGGGGUAUCGCUGAAGACUCAAGAACUCUAUGCUCUUGUUUUUGCGACUCGCUACUUGGAUAUAUUUACUGAUUAUAUCUCACUUUAUAAUACUGUAAUGAAAUUAAUCUUCUUGGGCAGCUCUUUCUCAAUUGUCUGGUACAUUCGGCACCACAGGAUUGUCCGCAGAUCUUAUGAUAAAGACCAAGACACCUUUCGCCAUAUUUUUCUUGUGUUGCCUUGUUUCCUUUUUGCCCUACUUAUACAUGAGAAGUUCACCUUCAAAGAGGUAAUGUGGGCAUUUUCCUUGUAUUUGGAAGCUGUUGCAAUACUUCCUCAGCUGGUCUUGUUGCAAAGGACACGAAAUAUUGACAAUUUGACGGGGCAAUAUGUUCUUCUUCUUGGUGCAUACCGAGCAUUGUAUAUUUUGAACUGGAUUUAUCGGUACUUCACUGAGCCUCAUUUUGUGCAUUGGAUAAUUUGGAUAUCAGGGCUUGUUCAGACGUUGCUUUAUGCUGAUUUCUUUUACUAUUACUUCCAAAGCUGGAAGAAUAACGUAAAGCUCCAGUUACCAGCAUGAGCUUGCAUUUGACAAGCUAUUGGCAGGGCAAGAAUCUCAGAAGAGCAUACACACGACAAUGCAUUUGUUUGAUAGUGCUUGGCAUUUUGGCUCUUGUUCUCUCCCCUUUUCGGGUGCUGUUGUAGGCACGUUAAGCAAGUCUUCACUUUUUCUAUUUUUUUGUUUUUUGUUAUUUAAUUUUUAGUAAUUGGGGCUUCACAACCCAAAUACCAGUUCAUAUGUAGUGUUAAAAGAGCAUUCAUUACGAUUUAUGACUGACUCAUGCAAGAUGUUCCAUAUACCACGUAGUCUACAGGGAUUUUAGUGCAUAUUCUUUAUGUGUGAGUUCAGUAUUGGAAGUUCAUUUGUUUGUAUGGACAAUUCUUCAUGUUAAUGUAUUGGCAAGGAAGAAAAUUGAUAAUGCA